AUGGCGGACGCGUUCAGGGAGCGCACAGCCCGGCUUCUGACCGACUACCUGGAGUACUGCGCCCGGGAGCCCGGCACCGCCGCGCGGCAGCCGUCCUCGCCGGAGGCCGCAGUGCUGCGUUGCGUGGCUGCCCAGAUACGGGAGUACAACGUGCGCACUUUGUCUGUCUACCGCGGCUUCCGCUGGAACCGUGUCGAAUUGGUGGCCUGGAUGGCACAGAAACUACUCGCAAGCCCAUGUGGCCCCAACUGGUACCGCGUGGCAUCACUCUUGACCUUCGCGGGGAUGCUGCUGGAAAGACAGCCUCGGGAGGCCUGUGGGCGGAAGAAGAAAGAGGGCAACGUUAGCAGGGACUGCCGACUCCUGGUGGCUUUGCUGUGCGCUCACCUCUCAGGGCGGCAUCGCACCUGGCUAUUGGCGAACGGCGGCUGGGAUGGAUUUUGUCUCUUCUUCCAAGGCUCAUUGCAACAAACUUGGACAAGACACAUGGUCUGGGUUUUUGUGUCAUACUGUACAGCAGUGGUCUUACUCUACUUGUGGACAAAAUUAUUGUGAGUUCUAAAAUUCUUAACUCAUUUCUACCUACCUGUGACCAGCCAAGUGAAUUUGAGGUGUGA